UUAGGUAUUCUUGACUAUCGCAGAGUGGAUGCCGAGAGCGAGAGAUGCCGAAAUAUGGUCUAGGAAAACAAAAUAAUACAGCUAGCCCAGUUUAUUUAUGAAAGGAUGAUAAUCAAGAGCUGAGUGUAUUUUCAGCAUAUUGAUAGCUGUAGGUUUCCAUUCCAACACCACACAAGUACCAUGGCCGAUGAUUUCCUCACUGGGGAGGGGGCUCAGCUGGUAGGAGACCCCAGCCCUGCAUCAGACCAGGGAGGCAAAGCUGAAAAGAAGGAGGUUGACUGGGGAAGGUUUGGGCUGAGCGACGAAAGCCAUGCCAAGAGCUACACGGAGAACACACUGACGGGGUAUGGAGGAGACGGCGGGUACCAGCAGGGGGAGGGUGGACAGAAGAUACAAGAGCUUUUUGAUGAACAGCAGGCGGGUCAGAGCAGUCACAGCCAGACGCCUUGGUGGAAAGCAAACUUCUUUGUGAGGGAACCUGUCCUCUUUGGAACAUGGGAUGGAGUCUUCACCUCCUGUAUGAUCAACAUCUUUGGUGUGGUCAUCUUCCUCCGGACAGGCUGGAUGGUGGGAAACGCUGGAGUAGGACUCUCGAUCCUGAUCAUCCUCAUGACCGUAGCCGUAGCUCUCGUCUCAUCGCUAGCGGCCAUCGGGGUAUGCGAGAGGUGUAAGAUGCAGAGCGGAGGCAUCUACUUUCUCUUGUCUCAUGUGCUUGGGGCUAGGAUGGGGGCAACGCUGGGUAUCCUCUACUCAUUUGGACAGACGGUUGCCUGCUCGCUCUAUUGCACAGGUUUUGGCGAGUCCGUAGCAAAGACCUUCGGCUGGCAGAACGCUUGGGCGGUCAGGGGCGUGGGCAUAGCGGUCAUCCUACUUCUGCUGGCCAUUAACAUCGCGGGGGUCAAGUGGGUCAUUAAAAUGCAGCUCAUUCUACUGGCCAUACUGGGUGUGGCCACACUGGACUUCCUCGUUGGGACAGUAGCCCAUACAGAUGCAGCAAACGGUUUCCUGGGUUACAACCGCGAAGCCUUCCAUAACAACACCGGUGCUGACUAUAAGGAAGGCGAAAACUUCUUCACCGUCUUUGGCGUCUUCUUUCCGACGGCCACCGGCGUGAUGGCCGGCAUCAACAUGAGCGGGGACCUCCGUGAUGCGCAAAAGAGUAUCCCCAAGGGAACCCUCUCAGCUCUUGGUGUGACGACCGUCCUGUACCUCUUGUUUGCCAUACUGCUAGGAGCGACGUGUAUGAGAGACGCCCUUCAGGACGACUACAUGAUAGCAGAGACAGUGUCACUGGUGGGAUUUCUAUGGCUGCUUGGUCUGUACAUCUCGUCUCUAUCAUCAUGUUUAGGAGGGCUUUACGGAGCACCCAGAAUCCUUCAGUGUAUAGCCAACGAGAACGUGAUUCCCAUCAUUAAAGUCCUGGGCCAUGGGAAAGGGCCAAAUAAAGAGCCCAUCAUAGCCCAGCUUCUCGUCUGCUUCAUCGCCAUCCUCUUCAUCUUCAUCGGCCAGGUCAACUACCUAGGUCCCAUCGUCACCAUGCCCUUCCUCCUCUCCUACGCCGGCAUCGACUACGCCUACUUCUCCCUGGCCAUGAGCUUUGACCGGGUGGGCGGCGACCCCGGCAAGGAGAAGGACAGCCUCCUCUCCCACGUCAUCGACAAGAACCGACAGGACGGCAACUCGUACGGCGCCCUCGUCAACGAACCCGACGAUGAUGACGAGCCGAACCGCAGGGAUUCGCUGACGGAGUUCAAGCAGGAUAUCGAGAAGGCGGAGAAAGCGUUUGGCGUGGAGGGGGAAAAGAAGGAGCUGGAUAACGAGAAGAAUGCGUCGAUUGAAAACGGAGGGAACGGGUAUGGAGGAGGAGGAGGAGGAGUGGUGGGGAUUAGUGAUAAAGAAUCACUUAUUGAUUCAGAAAAUAGAGGGGAAUCCAAAGGUCCAUUCAGUACAGAGAUAACUCGCAUGCCCCCUUCCUGGUAUUCAAGAUUCUGUAACAGAUGGGUCUCACUUAUAGGUGCUUUAAUAUCUGUUGCAAUCAUGUUUGCCAUUCAUUGGGGCUAUGCUCUUGCCAACGUGUGCGUGUACUUAAUCAUCUACAUCUAUAUCGGCCAGGCCAACCCGGGCGUCAAACCGGGCGUGGCUGAUUUCCAAUUUUUCCGAUGGAUCAAGUCCCUCUUCCAGAGACUCCUCAGGAAAAAACCGCCGCCUCCCGAGCAAAUGAUCCUUGCUCCGUUUCCAGAAGACAUGGGGAUGGAGGAAUCUAGCGUAAACCGGGAUAAUGAAGAUUUCGCUGACCGUCGUCGAUUCCAUCACUCGUCCGUCGUCGCCGGCAACAACUUUGUGGAGGACCAGCCCAUGUCGGCCAUUCAGGCCCUCGGGGGUGAAUCAGAUGAAGAGUUUUCCGUCCAAGACAAUGCUGCCAAUUUGAUGAAGUCAAAGAGGAACAUAGAGAUAUUGAAGAGCGCGGAGAAUCAACCUUUACUCGUAGACACGGAAAGAGAGCAUAAGCCCAGCAUGUGAUUUUUUGCUCGUUCUAACUUUACUUAAAUAAGAUCCCAU